AUGCAUACACGAAACAAUCCUCAAGGAGCCUUGAUACCUCUUGAUAACGAGCUAGAGAAGAACUUGAAAUUAAGGAAGAACGAACAUGGACAAACGUCACAAGUGCAAAUCCAAGACAUCACUAAGGAACUUGAAGACAUUGAAGUAGAAAUUCCACCACCAAAUUCACCUCAACAUUUUGAGGAAGAAGAGCAAGAACCAAUGGCAAGUAUAAGGCAACUCUCAUCCACCAAUGCAGGAAACACCAUCCCAACAUGCAUCACCUAUCCUGCAGCUGCAGAGGGAAAGGAAGCAGAGUUUGAAUUGAAAUCAAGUCUUCUCCAUAGGCUUCCAACGUUCCAUGGUCUCUCUAGUGAAAAUCCUAACAAACAUUUGAAGGAGUUUCAAUUUGUUUGUGUGAGCAUGUGGCCCAACGAAGCAGAUUUGCAGAUUUUAAAGCUCAAGGCAUUCCCUUUCUCACUUAUGGAUCGAGCAAAAGAUUGGCUAUAUGAGCUGCCUUCUAGACACAUCGACACUUGGGAGGCGUUGACUAGGGCAUUCUUGGAUAAGUAUUGCCCUGCCUCACGUGUGAUAGUGCUUCGGAAGAAGAUCACAGGUAUUCAGCAAGCACAUUAUGAGUCAUUCCAUGCAUAUUAUGAAAGGAUGAAGGAGGAGAACUUGCUCCAAUACUUUUAUGAAGGUCUCACGCCUCUAGAGAGACAAAUGCUUGAUGCAGCUAGUGGAGGAUCAUUCAUCGACAAGUCACCUGCGGCUGCUAAGGAAUUGCUUGAGAAUAGAGCCCUCACAGCUCAACAAUAUGAUGUCUUAAGCUCUACACGUACAAAAGUCAACGAGGUCUUGACAACAAAGGGACAAGGAAUGGCCAUGGCAUGUGGUGUAUGCUCCAUGCAAGGACAUGCGACUGAUCAAUGCCCACAACUCAUGGGAGGUGAAGAAUGGGAGCAAGCUAACGCUAUAGGCUUUCAAGGAGGCCAAGGAGGACAAAAAUACGAUCCAUUCUCCAACACCUAUAAUGCUGGACUUAGGGAUCAUCCUAACUUUAGGUGGAGGAAUAAUGACAAUGUGCAAGGACCUCCUCAAGCUCAGAACUUCAAUCGUGGACCACCAGGCUUUUAUCAGAAGCCUCAGGCUUUUCCUAACUCUUCCCCUUUUAAUAAUUCUCAAAGUUCUAAUAAUGCUACUAAUUAUGAUGAGAUUAUUAAAACUUUGAUUACUUCUACUCAAUCCUUAUUACAGACUCAACAGAAUACUUCGAUCCAGAUGAACACCAUGAGCAAGGAUGUGGAGGAGUUAAAGAAGCAGAUGGGUCAAAUGAUAGGUGCCAUGAACAAAUUCCAUGAGCAAAGAAAGCUCCCAAGUCAAACUGUUCCAAAUCCAAAAGGAUGA